AUGGAAUCCAUCCCUAAAGGCGUACCUAACGAUGGCGAGGUUGAAAUAGAUGACCCCGAAUUACCUCCCCUCUACUAUGUCCAGAAUCCAGAGGAAGCUUUUUACUACACCCGUUCCUUCGAAAUCACCGACAGCGUAUUCCCUCCUUACCUGCAACCGGUUCCUCACCCACUGAAGCGAUUCAUUGCUAUUGACACUCGUGAUAUGCGGUCCUGGAUUCCUUCCAUAUUCCCUUGUAUAUUGUUCUAUCCUGCCUCCAAGCCUCUCCCCCACGAGUUCCAUAUAGGGUUUCAGAAUCGCCCCAAUGAGUUCUACGUUGCUCUUACCCGCGAUCCUUCUAUAUGCAACAUCACCGACGAGUCCCCAAGACCCAAGUCAAACGCCACACCUCACAAGCUUACGCAUUCGACUGAGAUCCUGGAAAGCAUUUUUCUCCUGCUCGACCCUGUCACGGUUCUGACAUCCAUCCAACGAGUCAACAAGACCUGGAAGGCCGUCGUUGAGGGAUCCCCGACCCUCCAGCGGAAGCUCUACCUCAAGCCUGACGGCAAGGCCAAGCUGGGUCUUCACCCUCAGGCCCAAUGGCUCAAAGAUGACCGCGAGAAAUUCCCCCUUGUCAACUCCCUCCUGGUCAGAUAUUUCAAGAGCUGCUUCUUCAACUUUGGGCGCACCUACGGUUGGCUGCGCCGGGCCGAGUCAUUCUACGAGCACAGAUGGACCCGCCACCACCACAGGCUCAGGAAGAUGAACAUGCCGUGGGAGCCCUCGUCAAUCUACCAGCCCGUGCUCGAAGAGAGGCUGGAUGGCCGGGCCACUAUCGAGGCAAUCCAGGAGAGAGAUAGAUUCACUCGCUCUGGCGCCAGCUGGCGCAACAUGCUCGUGUGCCAGCCUCCAAUCUUCAGCUUUGGCGUCAUGAUCUUCCAGCCAGACAGGGGCACCUCGCCCCUGCCACAGAGGAUGGAAAAGGCCAUCAUCAAGGCCCAUGACAUGAACGUUGGUCUCUGCAUGGGGCAGCUCUACGAUUUUGUCCAGGAGAGGGCGGGCCACCAUCCCCUGUCCUCUCUGUGGUUUCGUAUCGUUUGGUUCGAGCCUCAGGGCCCCUGGUCCUCUGACCUCUGCCGCGAUACUGCCAAUGAGCUGGCCCUCGAGACAAGCCUGAUUGUCGAAAUGUUCCACACCAACGACGGUUGCCCUGCAUAUCAUCCCACAGAUCCGCCGAGACCCGAAACCUUUGACAGAAUCUUCCAAAGCCAAGACUUCAAGCCCCAUAACUGGGUCCCAACUGCUACCGCGGUAGACAAUACAAGCCAAGGAUACGCGCCGCUCUCGCCUCUGGACGCCUUACCUCCUUUUGCUUGGGAAGAUCUACUAACUGUGCCUAAGCACUAUUGUCCUCAUACGCAAUGCAAUCCUUGGUUCAUGCGCCUUUGCUUCUCUGUUCAGUGA